AUGCAGAAGACCAUCUCGGCUGGCAUAGUCACGGAUCAACCGCGCCAAGCCAGAACCAGCCUGGCUGCCCAUCCCGCAAUGGAAUCGCCGUCCGCCGUCUCGCCCUCGGGCAAUAACGGCGCCGCGUGUAAGAUGGAGAAGGUUUACAAAACAAACAAGCAUGUAUGCAUGUGCCACCCAAUGGUCGCGCAUCCAUUUUAUACCCUUUGCAUGGAGUAA